GCGCGGGCUGCGGUGGCGCCGCCCCAGCCCGAGGGGGACCGGGACUUCGUGGGAGCAAAGCCGAGUUCUCUUGCCCUUUGCUAGCGCCUCGCUUCCCUCCAAAUUGGAGUUCCGACGAACCAGUUGGGAAUGCAGUCUCUAAGAAGAUUCACAUAUGAAGAUUGCCAGAACACUGCAGACUGGCUUCUGUCUCACACCAAGCACCGACCUCAAGUGGCAAUCAUCUGUGGUUCUGGGUUGGGAGGUUUGACAGAGAAAUUAACUCAGGCCCAGAGCUUUGACUAUAGUGAGAUACCAAACUUUCCCCGAAGCACAGUGCCAGGACAUGCUGGUCGACUGGUGUUUGGGUUCCUGAAUGACAGAGCUUGUGUGAUGAUGCAAGGAAGAUUCCACAUGUAUGAAGGGUACCCACUGUGGAAGGUGACAUUUCCAGUGAGAGUUUUCCAUCUUCUGGGUGUGGACACUUUGGUGGUCACCAAUGCAGCUGGAGGGCUCAACCCCAAAUUUGAGGUUGGAGAUAUCAUGCUGAUUCGUGAUCACAUCAACUUACCUGGUUUCUGUGGUGAGAACCCUCUCAGAGGCCCCAAUGAGGAAAGGUUUGGAGUUCGUUUCCCUGCCAUGUCUGAUGCUUAUGACCGGAACAUGAGACAGAAGGCUUUCAGUGCCUGGAAACAAAUGGGGGAGCAGCGAGAACUUCAGGAGGGCACCUAUGUGAUGUUGGCAGGCCCCAACUUUGAGACCAUUGCAGAGUGCCGUUUGCUGCAGAAGUUGGGGGCAGAUGCUGUUGCUGGGCUUCACAGACAAGUAACUAAGAAUGAAGAUGGGGUACUGGCAGAGGAUGAAGAAAGGCAAAAUGACAAACAAUGUUACAAGAUGAGGAAUGGAUAAUGGGGCAUCUGAGGACCACCUCCUUCAGACCUGUCUUUCCUGGCUGCUUGCAAGAAUAGCUGAACUUCCCUGAUCUUUCUUCUGUUUGCUAGUUAUCUUUUUCCUUGUAUUUUUUCUUUUCAUACUCUAAUUUUACAACCACUCACCUUCACUCCAUUCUGACAGAGUUGAAAGCUAUCCUUUCUGUCUGCUGGUCAGGUUUCUGCCUGCCAGCCCCAGGCAAACACAUGAACUUGGUUCACACUUUUUCUCCUUGAGCAUCACCUUCCAUCCUGCUCUCAGGCCUUCAACCCUGUCAUAUUGGAUUGGUCAGAACCUCCCUGUGACACUGCAUGUAGGUAUUGCUGAUGUUGGCUACUAUAAUAAUUUUUCUUAUCAGCUUGAACCCAGCUGGCUGGCCUGCUUGGAAAGCACACUACACCCCGAGGCCUAUGUGCCUUUUAAGACAGGGCAGUGCCACAUAAGCUCUUAUGGUGAUGACAUUAUUAGUUUUUAGUAGUAUCAUAUGAAAGGUAUUUUGGAGAGGAAGUUUUUGAGAACUCUCAAGAAAAUCUUCCUUUCGUAACUGACCUACUUAGCUGAGUCAAGCCCAAAGCAAAAACAUCCUGGAGUGGUCCUAUCACUCUUCAUUAAUUCUUUGUACCUGUAACUACCAAUAAAACCCUUGCUGGAGCUAUAGACAACCUGUUAGUUGCUUUUGAGAGCUGGUUUAGAAGGAAGUACUACACAUCAUUUAUAUAUGUAUAAUUACAACCCAUUCAUCCAAUGAGGUGAUCUAUAGAUAAUUCUCUCUCUCUCUUUCUGGUUUUUCAAGGUAGGGUCUUACUCUAAUUCAGGAUAAAUUGGAAUUCACUCUGAAGUUCCACGGUUGCUUUGAACUCACAGCGGUCCUCCUACCUCUGCUUCCCAAGUGCUGGGAUUAAAGGUGUGAGCCACCAAUACCCAGUGAUAACUCUCUUUCUUAUUGAAUAUUCCUUUGUAUAUCAUUUAGUUAACAAUGAAAAUAAAUCUAUAAAUAUACCUUCUCAA